UGUCAGUCUGCAUCAGAAAGCUUUGCGAGACGAGAACCGCUUCGAAAAGGAGAAACAGAUGAUUGGCGAAAGAUCAAACGAUGCCUACCGUCGCUUGCGCAAUGCCGAGCGUGAUUUGGAGGAGACUAAGGAGGACCGCGUGAGACUCCUUACGCAGCUCACAAAUCUCGAACACGCACAUAAGAAGCUGGCCGAAACGAAACAGAAAGUAGUCGCGCAGCACGAGGCCGACUCCGCGGCCAAGACGGAAAAGUACGAGGCACAGAUCAAGGAUCUAGGCCUCAAGUUGGAGAACGUGACUGAAGCACAUGCGAGGACGUGUCGGGAUAUCCAGCAGCUGCUUGUGGAUCAGAAGCGGAUGGCUGAGAAGUGGAAACAAGAAACAACACACCAAGCGCUACAACACGAACACCUAAUCGAAGACCUCCGCACGCAGCUGCACCGCUGUACCACCCGCAUCGAAGAACUCGAAUCGCAGCUUCUCGCGAUCGAGUCAAGGCGGAAUGACCUGGUUGCCCGGCUGCAGGAAGAGAAGCAGCAGCACACCCGAGUCGGGACGCGAUGCCAGGCGGCCGAAGCGAGGGUCGAGGCGCUGCUAAGGCAGGUCUCGGGAUUGGCGGCGAAAGAGGUCGAGCUGGUUGAGGAUCGGAAACGGAUGCAGAAGGAGCUGGACCGAGCCCACCUUGAGAAAGAUCGACUCGAACGAGAGAACCUGCAUAAGAUUCGGUCCCUCAGGAUGAGCAGCCCGACCCGGUUCAGAUCAUCUACCCGAUCCGAAGGCCCGCUUGAAGACGAUGAUCUAUCUGUUCUGGAAGACGUGACAAACCGUGAGGUGAAAGAACUAAGGGCGGACAUCGAUCGCGUGAAACAACGGUCGUUAAACCGCCGGCACCACAUGGACGAUAUCGUUUUGGCUGCGGGGCUCGACGAUGAUGCGGAGGACGAGUUAUCGGAUUGAUGGACAGUGUUUUUGGAAUAGGCAGAUACGCUGAUGUUUUAUGAAGGUUGCAUUGCUUGUCCGUCGAGUACAUAUGUAUAUUACCAUUAUAGCACACAACGUUCGCUCUG